AGCCUGUCCAUCGAACAACUCUCGCUGCAGUCGGGUCAGAAUCAUUGUUAAACGCGAAUCUUUCCUUUUCUUUGAUCAAACAGAAAACUAUUUCCUAUUGUGUCGAAGAAAAUUCCUGUAUCAGUGUGAAGGAUAAUUCAACAUGGUCGCCGAUAGUGAGAUAAACAACGUCGAGCUACCUUUUAGGAUCGAAAACAAUAUACUAAAGGGGAAAGUGAUACCAUUUAAAUCCCAGUAUACAAGCGUUGGAAAGUUGCUGUUCGACUUUUUGAAGAAUAACUUGAAUUUCGUGGGACAGGUAGAUGCACUCACUGAUAUUGAGGACACUUUCGAAGAGAUUCUAGAUCGGUCCAUAAAAUGUGCACUCUGGCUGCAGAAGCAAGGAGUGGGAAGCAACGACAUUAUCGUGAUUUCAUCGCACAAUCAUCUUGAUUGUUUUAUUCCUUGCAUCGCUGCACUCUUUAUCGGUGCUAUAUUCAAUCCAUGGCACUCUGAUGUAAACACACAGUUGGCACGUCAUUUCAUGUCAUUAUCUCAGCCGAAAGUGGUGUUUGCAAACGAGAAAUCAGCACCUGUCGUGUUGGAAGCAGCGAAAAUCGAAUGUCACCACUUGAAAGUGGUAACGUUCGGCGAAUACCUUGGCACCAGCUCGUUCUCCGACAUUCUAAAAGGUCACAGCAAAUCGUCGGUAGCUAAUUUUCAAUGCGCCGAAAUCGAUGAUCCCGAACAGACCGCGGUGAUAUUGUUCUCUUCCGGGACAACUGGUCCACCGAAGGGCGUGCAAUUGCCUCAUCGGGCAUUUUUGAAAUUCUUGGAAUUGGACGUUGAAUUUUCUCUUAAAAACCAUGUGUCCGUAUGGUUCAGUACUUUAUAUUGGCUCAGUGGUACGUUGUUAAAUUUGAAGAGCAUCGUUUCCUGUUCGAAGAAAAUCAUCGUGGCAAACUCCGAUGAAGAAACCGCCUGUAAAAUUGUAGAGAAGUACAAGGUAUCAUGGAUGAUGCUGAGUACCAGCAUGGUGAAUCGUCUCGCUAGGUAUAAUAAUUUGCAACAUUAUGAUCUCUCGAGCUUGCGGAAUCUCUACACCGGUGGUUCUUCCAUGGGAAAAGAAGCCGAAGACCUAGCAAGAAAACGUUUCCCGCAAACAUUGUUGCUACAAGCUUAUGGUAUGACGGAACUUGGUAAUUUACUCGCUACACAAGUGGAAGGUUCUACCAGCGGUUCCUGCGGCAUACCCGCCACAAACUGUGAAAUUAAAAUUAUCGAUCCCGAAACUGGAAAAGUUCUGGGUCCUAAUCAGAAUGGCGAGAUCUGCGCGAAAAUUGUGUCGAUGAUGACGGGUUAUUACAAGAACCCGGAAGCCACCAAAAACACUAUCGAUGAAGAUGGAUGGUUGCACAGUGGAGAUUUAGGAUAUUACAACGAGAAAGGGGAAUUGUUCAUUAUAGAUAGAUUGAAGGAAUUGAUCAAAUUCCAAGGGUUUCAAAUAGCGCCAACUGAAAUUGAAGGUGUCUUGCAAUCGCAUCCUGCAGUUUUAGAAGUUGCGGUUGUUAGUAUGCCUCAUCCUCUCGACUGUGAACACCCAGUUGCUUUUAUCAGUAAAGUGCCAACCAAAGAGGUAACAGCUGCAGAAUUAAUGAUGCUGGUAGCUAAUAAUUUAAUGGAUUAUUGUCAAUUACGUGGUGGGGUGAAAUUUUUACCAUCUCUGCCCCACACUCCUUCAGGAAAGAUCGCGAGGAAUGAAUUGAAGAAAAUGGCAAAAGCCAUGGCACUCGACAUGGCUAAUAUAAAUAAACAAUAUGUCGAGAAACCGUUUAGAAUCGAAAACAACAUAAUGAAAGGAAAGGUAAUGCCGUAUAAACCGCCCUACAAAAGCAUUGGAAAAUUGUUGUUCGACCACAUGAAGAAGCAUCCGAAUUUCGUGGCACAGGUUGACGCGACCACAGGGAUCGAGGACACUUUGAAAGAAAUGCUGGAUCGCUCGAUAAGAUGUGCGCUCUGGUUGCAGAAACAAGGCGUGAAAAAGAAUGACAUCGUCGUAAUUUCGUCGCACAAUCAUCGUGAUGAUUUUAUUUGUUGCAUGGCUGCACUUUUCAUCGGUGCUUCCUAUAAUUCAUGGUACCAUGAAAUUAACUUACAAUUAGCUCGUCAUUUCACAAGAUUGACUAAGCCAAAAAUCGUGUUCGCGAAUGAAAUCUCGGUUCCUCUUGUGAUAGAAGCAGCUAAACUCGAGGGUCAUUAUCCCAAAAUAGUGACGUUCGGUGAAUAUCCCGGCACGACACCGUACUCUGAGAUCUUAAAUGGUCACAGCGAAUCCUCGGUGGCUAAUUUUCAAUGCACCGAAAUCGAUGAUCCUGAACAGACCGCGGCGAUCGUUUUCUCUUCCGGAACAACGGGUAUGCCGAAAGGUGUGCAAUUGCCUCAUCGAUCGAUUUUAGGAUACGUGGAACUGGAAGAUAACUUUCCUCUUGGUAAUCAGAUAGUCAUGUGGUUCAGUACCUUAUAUUGGCUCAGCGGAACGCUGAUGUGUUCGAAGAGCAUCGUUCAGCUAUCGAGAAGAGUCGUUACACCAACAUUUGAUGAGGAAAUUACCUGUAAGAUUAUAGAGAAGUACAAGGUGUCGUGGUUAGGGCUGACCGCCAGCAUGAUGAAUUGUCUUGCUAGAUAUAAUCGUUUGCAAGAUUUUGACCUCUCGAGCUUGAAACUUUUUUACACCGGUGGUGCUUUCGUCGGGAAAAAUAGUGAAGAUCUGUUGAGGAAACGUUUUCCACAUACGAGAGUGGUACAAAUUUAUGGUAUGACGGAACUCGGCAUGGUAGUUACCGAGCAAACGGAAGAUUCUGAAAGCGGUUCUUGCGGCAAGGCAAUCAAAAACUGCGAAAUAAAAAUUGUCGAUGUUGAAACUGGUAAAGUUUUGGGCCCGUUUCAGAACGGCGAGCUUUGGGUGAAAUCUCCUUGGAUAAUGACGGGUUAUUACAAAGAUCCAGAAGCAACCAAAAAUAUCAUCGACGAAGAAGGAUGGGUACACUCAGGUGACAUAGGGUAUUACAACGAGAAAGGAGACAUAUUUAUCGUUGACAGGAUAAAGGAUAUGAUCAAAUGCCAAGCACAUCAAGUAGUCCCAAGUCAAAUCGAAGAAGUCAUACAACGUCAUUCAGCAGUCUUAGAAGUUGCAGUCGUCAGUAUGCCUCAUCCUAUUGAUACUGAACAGCCAAUUGCUUUUGUUAGUAAAAUACCAAACAAAGAGGUGACAGAGGAAGAAUUGAUCAAGUUGGUAGCUGACAAUUUAGUGGAUUAUUCUCAACUACGCGGUGGGGUGAAAUUUUUACCAGCUCUACCCCACACUCAUUCAGGAAAAAUUUCGAAGAAAGAAUUGAAAGAACUGGCGAAAACGAUGGCUCCUUGUUAAAUGAUUAUAAAAGACGGAAUAUCAAAUGUUCCUAUCAUUCUUAUACUCUAAACAUCAAUAUUUUAAAUGAUGUAAAAAUUUCCAGAGAAAUAUGAAAUAAAAUCGCAGUAAAAUACGAAUGUAUAAAAUUGUGAAA